AUGAAGCGGCAAUUUAGUGAGAUGAGUGACGUAAAGCCCGAGCCAAAUAGUGACGUGCAGCAGACAAUGGUGAUGUUAAUUGCCCAAAAAGUGACAAUGGAGCUAUUAUCUUCUUUUACUGGUGGCAACGCAACGCGCUUUGGUCGUGUUGCGUUUGCAGACGAGGAGCAACAGAACGUGGACGCAUUUUUGCAUCAGAAAUUAGGCAAGGACAGUUUAACCCGUCGACCCGGGCCUGGAGGACGGAAACUCACGUAUAUUGAAAGCUGUAAGGCCAUUGAAUUAGCCAAUCGUGCGUUUGGAUUUAAUGGCUGGUCAUGUCACAUUAUUGAAUGCAAAGAAGAAUAUAAGGAAAAAAAAGGUGAUCGUUGGAGUAUUGCGUAUAGUUCCAUCGUACGCAUUGAAUUGAAGGACGGCACGAGUCAUGAGGAUGUGGGAUUUGGUUCUUCGGACGGACAGAGAGAUUUAGGAGCGGCGUUAGAGCAAGCGAAAAAAGCUAGUAUCUCGGAUGCAAGGAAGAGAGCAUUGAGACUUUUUGGAGAGUAUCUAGGUAAUUCAUGCUAUGAUAGGGAACAUAUUAAGGAUGUAAACUCGAACAAACCCAUGGCGCCAUUGGUAGCAGCACCGAAUGUGGUGCUACCAAGACAACAAGGACAGAACAACGAAGCUCCACGUACGUCAGUGGAAAAUGAAGAAUUUGGAGGACAGAAUGUGCCAGCACGAAAGCUACAACCGAAUCAGCAACCGCGGCCACAGCAGCAGCCACUUCCACAACAACAAUCGCAACAGGUUCAGCAACCUCUGGAGCAAAUGCCAACUUUGCAAUCUGCUCAACCGCAUCAACACAAUCAGCAAACUCAACAGCACAAGCACCAGCUAAUGCAAAAGCAGCCGCGGCCACCGCAGCAGUCAUUUCCACAGCAUCAACAAGCUCAGCAACCUUUACAACAGCAACUGCCGACUCCGGAAUCUGCACAACCGCAUCAGCAAAAGCGGCAGUCAAUGCAACAGCAGGCUCAGACGCAUCAACAGCAGCAGUGGAAACCUCCUCAAGUCUUGCGUCACUUAUCGACCACAAAUGAUAAGUUAUCCGCGCAGCAGCCAACUCCGGUUCAUUCAAGGUCAGCAACAAUGCUGACUACUGGAAGUGACAGUUUGAGUGCUGCGCGUGUCCCCUCUCCCUCGACAACGGCAACGAGUUCUUCUACGAGUCGAUUUCGCUCGCAGCCGCAGCGAUGGGUCUCGUCCAACGCUCCGCCUCUACCACGCAUGAUGGUGUCGAAAUACUUACCACCAAUCGUGAAAUCCGAGCAAUCUUCAACAGGCCAAGCCCAACCAGAAGCACAAUAUAAUAUUGAAGACCUCAGCCUUUCACAGUUUGACUACGAUCCUAACGCGGGAAACGACAACCCUGCCAAGAAAAUGCGGUCGUGA